CAGCGUCUCGCCCUUGAUCGCCGCCCGGCCCGGGGGCCGCGGGUCCGGGGAAACCCGCGCCCCUUGGGCGCCAGGCGGGAGUAGGAUGCGGCGACCCCCGGUGCCAGCAAAGUCGCCGCAGUUGCCCGCGGCGUGACAGGAGUAGAUGCCGAGCGACCCGGCCGCGGGACGAAGCGGUCGCGCUGCGGCGUCUGAGCGGGCGGACCCGGAGUCGGCCGACAGCGGCCCAAGCCCAAGACAGCGGUGGCUCCGGAGAUGCGAGAGGGUCUUCCCGCUCUCUCUCCAUGCUCGACUUUUCCGAGUCUUGGAAGAUCGGCCUCGCUCUCUCCCACUCUGUUCGGCGGUUAAUACUUACUGCAGACGUAGGAGGUGAAGGGCUGAGACUUUACCUGGACGGGGAUGCGACUGAAACCUCCCAUCUUCUCAACUGGAGGUUUCCUCCUCUUGGGGGUUUGAGCAUUGCAGACUCUGACCACUGUCAGGAAUAUCUCCGUGGAUUCCCAGGGCUUAUUCCACUAGAAGCAAGAUGGCUGAACUCAAUACUCAUGUGAAUGUCAAGGAAAAGAUCUAUGCGGUUCGAUCAGUUGUUCCCAACAAAAGCAAUAAUGAAAUAGUUCUGGUGCUACAGCAGUUUGAUUUUAAUGUAGAUAAAGCAGUGCAGGCCUUCGUGGAUGGCAGUGCAAUUCAAGUUCUAAAAGAAUGGAAUAUGACAGGAAAAAAGAAGAACAAUAAGAGAAAAAGAAGCAAGUCCAAGCAGCAUCAAGGCAACAAAGAUGCUAAAGACAAGGCAGAGAGGCCCGAAGCAGGGCCUGUGCAGCCACCGCCGCCAGAGAUACAGAAUGGCCACGUCAACGGCUGUGAGAAGGACAGCUCAUCCACUGAUUCUGCCAGUGAAAAACCAGCCCUUGCCCCCCGUGAGAAAAAGAUCUCAAUACUCGAGGAACCUUCAAAGGCACUCCGUGGGGUCACAGAAGGCAACAGACCACUGCAACAGAAACUAUCCUUAGAUGGGAACCCCAAACCUAUACAUGGAACACCAGAGGGGUCAGAUGGCCUACACUGGUCAGCUGAGCAGCCUUGUAACCCAAGCAAGCCUAAGGCAAAAACUUCUCCUGUUAAGUCCAAUGCCCCUGCAGCUCAUCUUGAAAUAAAGCCAGAUGAGUUGGCAAAGAAAAGAGGCCCAAAUAUUGAGAAAUCGGUGAAGGAUUUGCAACGCUGCACCGUGUCUCUAACUAGAUAUCGCGUCAUGAUCAAGGAGGAAGUGGAUAGUUCAGUGAAGAAGAUCAAAGCUGCCUUUGCUGAGUUACACAACUGCAUCAUUGACAAAGAAGUUUCAUUAAUGGCAGAAAUGGAUAAAGUUAAAGAAGAAGCCAUGGAAAUCCUGACUGCUCGUCAAAAGAAAGCAGAAGAACUAAAGAGACUUACUGAUCUAGCCAGUCAGAUGGCAGAGAUGCAGCUGGCCGAACUCAGGGCAGAAAUUAAGCACUUUGUCAGCGAGCGUAAAUAUGACGAAGAGCUUGGGAAAGCUGCCCGGUUCUCCUGUGACAUUGAACAGCUAAAGGCCCAAAUCAUGCUCUGUGGAGAAAUUACACAUCCAAAGAACAACUAUUCCUCAAGAACUCCCUGCAGCUCCCUGCUGCCACUGCUCAACGCUCACGCGACCACCUCUGGGAAACAGAGUAACUUCACCAGAAAAUCAUCCAAUCACAACAAGCCCUCCGAGGGUAAAGCAGCAAACCCCAAACUGGCGAGCAACCUUCCCAGCACCGCUGACAGCUCUCACCAGGCUGUGCCGGCUAAUAAGCAGAAUGGGUCUUCUAGCCAAAGACGAAGAUUUAAUCCGCAGUAUCACAACAACAGGCUAAAUGGGUCUGCGAAGCCCCAGGGCAGUGGUAACGAAGCUGAUCCGAUGGGGAAGGGCAACAACCGCCAUGAACACAGAAGACAACCACACAACGGCUUCCGUCCCAAAAACAAAGGCAGCACCAAAAACCAAGAGGCCUCUUUGGGAACCAAGACCCCCGAGGCUGCAGCCCAUCCAGAAAAGCCCCGACGAAGGCAGCACGCUGCAGACAACUCAGAGGCCAGGCCUUUCCGGGGAAACGUCUCCAGGGUUUCACAGUGCAAUCUCUGCCCCACGAGAAUAGAAGUUUCCACAGAUGCCGCGGUUCUCUCCGUCCCAGCUGUGACGUUGGUGGCCUGAGCUAGGAGAGAAAAAAAAGCAGUUUUCAUUCAGAUUCUGUUCCCUGCCCGAGGUGCUGACCCAAUUCGCUGCCAAAAGAGAGUCAAUCCGAAUAUACAAACCCUGUACGGCUGUGUCAUCCUCUCUUAAUCAUUUUUUCUAAUUCUAAUAAUCAGCUCUAGCUUGCUUCAUAACUUUCAUGGCUUUGCUUGAUAUGUUGGCGCUUUUUCUCAUCAAGACUUUGCAGCAUUUUAGCCAGGCAGUAUUUACUCAUUUGUUAGGAAAAUCAAGUUGUGGCUAAAGAUCAGAGGCUCAGUAGCAACCUAUGUUGUAGCAGUGAUGUCAGUCCAUUGAUCGUCUUUAGAGAGUUAAUGUUGAAAACAAAAUUCUUAUUGAUCAGACAAACUUGAUCUGCUGAAGACACGUGCGCUUUUCUAGAGUUUAACAUCUGGUGUUUUUCUGAAAAAUAUAUAUAUACAUAUAUUGCUUUAUUUGAAACAAAUUAAAAUAUGCUGCAUUUGA